UCCACAAAUGUGCCCAUUCCCCCCUCCAUCCUCUUCCUUCACUUCCUGCAGUGGCAGUUCUCCGCUGCUGGUUGGAUUGUAAACAUGGCGACUGCUGGUACAUCUGGAGAUGACCUGAGGAAAGAGCUGACAUGUGCAAUUUGUCUGGACUUCUUCAAAGACCCGGUCAUUCUGAAAUGCGGCCAUAAUUUCUGUCGCUUUUGCAUCUGUAUGCACUGGGAUGAAAAUGGCGGAGACUACGGGUAUCAGUGUCCUCAAUGCCGAACGGUGUUCAACAAGAGGACCUUCACUAAAAACUAUCUGGUGCAGAACUUGGUGGCCAAGCUGGAUGAUCUGGAGUGCCUGGGUGCCUGUCCUCCCCCCUCCAAGCCCGUGAAAUUUGAUGAAAAGUGUGAACAUCAUGGUGAAGAGAUGAAACUGUACUGCCAGACUGAUAAAAGGCCUAUCUGUGUUGUCUGCAGGGAGUCUAGAUCACACAGACACCAUGAUGUGGCACCAGUGCCAGAAGUUGUAAAUGACAUGAAGAUGGAGCUGAAACUGAGGCUAAUGGAGCUCAACUGGCAGAAGUCUCAAUGUGUAAAAGUCAUUACAGCUGAUGAGCUCACUAAAAGUGAAUUGAGGAUGAAAAAGCAGAGACUCAAGGAAAAGAUUGAAGCAGAUGUUGGUGCUUUGGUCCAGUUCUUGCUGGAUGAGAGGGACUCCCUGCUUGAGAGCCUGGAUGCCGAGGAAGUGGCCACCAUGGCUGUUAUAGAUGACAACUUGAAGACUGUGGAGACGGAAGCGGCAGCUGUUGACAAAGCUAUAGCAGCUAUCCACAGCCAGAUCAAUGGGAAAACUAGCUUUGAGAGCCUUGCAGAGACAUUUAAUGAAGUUGUACAUUGCAAGCCUUUCACCUCUUUGGAGCCAGUUAAUUGUCCAACUGAAUUUACAGACUUCUCAGGGCCAUUUCAGCUCAUCAUGUGGAAAAAGAUGAUGCAUGUGCUGCACACCAUGCCUCAGAACCUCACCUUGGACCCAGACACUGCUCACCCAAACUUGCUCAUCUCAGACUUUGACACCAAAGUGGAGGAGGGCCGCGUCCGCAAUCAGGAACCAGACCUACCUGCCCGCUUCAAUCGGUUCUGCGGCGUCCUUGCCACAGCCCAGUAUGCCAGUGGCCAGCACUACUGGGAGGUGGAUGUGAGGGACAAAGGUGUGUGGUACCUGGGGGUGACCACAGAGUGCAGCAACAGGAAGGGCUUCGUCAGCCUCACUCCCUCCGCAGGAUACUGGAGCCUGUGUCUGCAGGACCGGCUGUACGCCAGCGGGGAGGACGGACGCAUUCCAGUUGCUGACUACUGGAAUUCUCCUCGCGUGGGUGUGUACCUGGACUAUGACAACGGCCGUCUUAGCUUCUAUGAUGCUGUAACAAUGAAGAGGCUGUACAUGUUUGACACCUGCUUUGAGGAGCCCGUCUACCCAUUCUUCAGCCCAGGGAAAAACGACCCAGGCAGCAGACUGCAAAUAUGCCACUAUUACUGAGUUAAAAUGAAUGGUUUAAAUUUAAAUUCUGAGUGUUUUAAUUUUUGCCUGUUGGCAAGGCUUUCUCUCUCAACCAGGCUGGAGUAUUAGCUCGACCCUUGGAAUCAUAUACUGUAUGCUUUUGAGUUGUUACUUGUUGGUCUUACUGGUUUUUAGAAGGUAUAUUUUACAUUGAAUAAAGUACUGGGGUGUACACUCAAAUUUGGUAAUUUUCAACUUAGACACACACUGUAGGCUCAUACCUCUGACUGCUGUGCUGGGGGUUUGGUGAGGUGCUUUGCUGUUUAUCACUGUGUCUGCUGGAUUGCAGAUGCCUCAGAUGCUCUUGUUGUUCAGAGCAUAUACAGCUGUUAUCCCAUUAGCAACAACUAUGCCAUACUACUGUACAAAAAGCUCACUGUAAGAAGGGUCACUGCUGAAGCUUUGUCGGUUAUAUUCUGAAUGUUUGCGGUUAUCAAAGUGAUGGUGGUUAAUUUAACAUUCCCUCAAUUUGAGACUUCAGUCAGUUUGGUCAGGCUGUACUGAUCUCAGCUCUCAAUUAGACUUCUAGGAAUGACUGGAGGUGGCAUUUAACAUGAGUACAAAUUUUUAUCACAAAUCUUUUAAACACCUGUUUUAUCUCAAUACUUGACAUUUUUGGACUUUUCCUGUGUAUAUUGCUGAGUUGCAUCUUUUUGCAGCUUAUUUUUGAUGUUUUACCAUUUUGCUAUUUGUAAAAAGGCUAAUCACAAUCUGUUUGAGGAAAUAAUUGGCUAUAAGACAAAAAUGCUUUUCAAAUAUUCAAGGUAUUAGAGCUGCUAUGUACACUUAAAUAUUUUUAAGACAUUCCAUCCAUGAUUUCAGUGUUAAGUGAGAAGCUGUUGGACUGGAUAAGACUGGCCUAAAAUUACUUAAAGAAAGCUAAAUUAAGCUUUUAACAGCUUUUUUUUGUUUUGUUUUUUUCUUUUCAAAAUUAUAACCUCAAGUGUAUUUGUAACUAACUUUAGGUUAUUAGUUGGUCCUGACUUUUUCUUCUUCUUUUGUUUGGUGGGGGGGUCAUGUCCCAUCUAAUUUUUUAAAUGUAAAUCUGUCCUGUAUUUUUUUUUUUUUUUUUUUUCUUCUCCUUGUCUCAUUGAGGAGCAUACUGACAGUGUGAUCACUGACAGUGUGAUCACUGACAGAUCUGUGCUCACAUGUUGGACUAAAACUCUUCUCUUUAACUUUGAGUAUUUUGCUGGUAAAUGUUGUCUCAGAUGGUGUAUCUCAUUUAAUACAUUUUAUUGCUUAAAUGUAUUGAAUUUUAUUUGAGGGGGUUUCUGAUCAUUUCACUUCCUAUUAAUGUGCUUGGUGUUUCUCUUACAAUAGGAUUAAAAGAGGUAACAUUUGUGACUUGUAA